AUGGUACGGCGGCUGAGCUCGCAUGGCCUCGAAGCAGUCUCGCGGUAUACUGGGCAGGUGGUCUCGCCUCAGUCCGGAGCCGGUCGGGUGCUGGGCAGGUGGUGGCGGUGGGUGGCGCGGCAGGUGCCGGGUAGCGUCCCACCGAACGCGCUGACGCUCCUUGGUGGACUUGCCAUUCUCUGCGGCUACCUCCCAUUGGCAGUCUUCCUCCCGCGGCUGCGUAACGAAGACGGGUUGGAGCCGCCGGCGUGGGCCCUGGUGGCGACGGCGGUGGCGGUGGUUGUGUACCAGACGCUCGACGCGGUGGACGGGAUGCACGCGCGGGCAACCCACUCGGCGUCGGCCCUUGGCGAGCUGCUGGAUCACUCGGUCGACUCGGUGGCCAUGAUUGUUGUCGGCCUCUCGUUUGCGGCGUGCAUCCAGCUCGGUGGGAGCUGGUUGGCGCUCGGAGUUAACUUUGGCAUCUACAUCAAGUUCUUUAUGGCGCAGUGGGAGCUGAAGAACACCGGGCGCGAGGUGGUGGGUCACGUCAACUCGAGCAUGGGCCUCUCGCUGGCUGCGGCCUUCUUUGUGUGGACAGCCGUGACCGGGACCUCGUGGUGGACGGCCCCGCUCGAGCUGCCUCUUCUGCCGGAGCUCGGGCUGGCUGGCGGCUCGCUGCCGCUGCCGCUGCCGACACUGCUGUCGGCCGCGCCGGGCCUCGCCCCGCUGGUCCGCCGCCAGCACCUGGUGGCCGCCGUGGCCCUGGUGUGGUGCGCAUGGGCGACGUGGUGCUCCUCCCUUCAGGUGUGGUAUGCGGUGCUGGCGGCCGACGGCGCACCGCGCCGGGCGCGGCGGUGGCAGACUGCGCUUGCGCACCUGGUGCCUGCCGGCGCCGCUGUCGGCUUCUCCAUCACGUGGGCAUCGUGGUCGCCGGCGGGCCUCCUUGCCAACCAUCCCCGGCUGUUUAUCUCGCUCUCGGGCCUGCUCAUGUCCAAGUUGAUGUCGUCGAUGCUAGUGGCGCGGCUGGCCGACCAGCUGUUCCCAGUCUACCACUCGAUGAUGCUCCCGCUCCCGUUUGCGUGCUUCAACUCGUACGCGGCGUACAUGUCCGGGCGGGCAUCGCUGGUGCCGGAGCUCGGCAUGCUCCGCACUGUGUUUGUGGUCACGCUCCUGGUGUAUGCCCAGUUUGUGGGCGGCGUGCUCGACGAGAUGCGCGAGCACCUCAACAUCUCGCUGUUCGGCAUGAACCAUGCGUGCCCAGUGCCGACUCCGCCGCCGCCUCCACCGCUCACCCUCUGUACCGACCCAAGAUGUCCCCACAGACGAUAG